AUGUGUGUGUGUGUGUGUGUGUGUGUGUGUGUGUGUGUGUGUGUGUGUGUGUGUGUGUGUGUGUGUGUGUGUGUGUGUGUGUGUGUGUGUGGUCUCUCUGUCUCUCUGUCUCUGUCUCUCUCUCCUUCUCUCUCUCUCUGCUUGAUCAUUUUUUUGGGGGCAGCGGGACAUCACGUUCUUGCUCGGCUCACCGGCUUGCGGGUGGAAAAGUAUCGCCCCCAAGUGCUGGAUGACAUUGUUGGCAACGAGGCCACGGUCAGCCGUCUCAAGGUGAUUGCCAAGGAUGGUAACAUGCCAAACAUUAUCAUUGCUGGCCCACCCGGAAUCGGCAAGACGACCAGCAUCCUGUGCCUGGCCCGAACGCUGCUCGGCAAAUCCUACAAAGAAGCUGUGAUGGAAACCAAUGCUUCAGAUGAUCGUGGCAUUGAUGUCGUGCGCAACAAGAUUAAAAUGUUUGCCAAGAAAAAGGUAUCUCUCCCUCCAGGCCGUCAUAAAAUUGUCAUUUUGGACGAGGUGGACAGCAUGACACCCACGGCGCAACAAGCCCUGCGUCGUACCAUUGAGCUUUAUUCCAACACAACUCGCUUCGCGCUCGCCUGCAACACCUCAGAGAAAAUCAUUGAUCCGAUUCAGAGUCGGUGUACCAUUCUCCGAUACACACGCUUGACCGACGCUCAGGUCUUGAAGCGUCUUAUUGACGUUUGCCAAGCGGAAAAGAUUGUUCAGCUCGACUCCGGCUUGGAAGCUCUGAUCUUCACCGCAGAAGGCGACAUGCGCCAGGCCAUCAACAAUCUGCAAUCCACCCAUCAGAGUUUCGGCGAGAUAUCUGCUGAUAAGGUUUUCAAGGUCUGCGACCAACCCCACCCUCUCUUGGUCAAGAACGUAGUCAAGGCUUGCCUCGAGGGCUCCAUCGACGUCGCCUAUGACGGUCUUGCCGAGCUCUGGCGGCUGGGAUAUGCGGCCAUUGACAUUAUCAACGUCAUUUUCCGUGUAACCAAGUCUUAUGAAAUGCCAGAAGGCAUCAAACUGGAAUACAUCAAGGAGAUUGGCCGCAGUCACUUGCGCAUCCUUGAGGGGUUGGACUCUUUCAUGCAGCUUUCUGGCCUCGUUGCUCGGCUGUGCCGCUACGGUCUGGAUCAUAGCUUUGAACAAUAA